CAGCUUUGUGGGCUUUUGUCUCCCCCCCCUAUCUGGAAAUUCAUGUUCUAAGCUGACCAUUGUGUGAUUGUUUUUCCAUUUUUCUUUUUGUCUAUGCUAGAAAGUUUGUGUUUUACUGACUUGUUAGCUCUGCAAAUGCUGUUCUUACAUCUUUUACUGAUUCCCUUUGUGUAUUUUUACUGUUUUUUGGUGGGCUUUUUUCAGUUCAGUUUAAUGUUUGGGAUACUUUACCUUUUGUGGGUGAGGAAGAUUGCACUCCACCUUAUGUAUGUAUACGUUCUUCUGCAAGUUUAGGGGGACAGUAUUUUGGAUUUUUCUGGUUUUAAGUGAAAAAGCAAAUGAACAUGUUUGUAUGAAGAAGUAAGUGUAAACAGUGAAGAUCCUACUAUAUUGAAACCAAUGGGAGUACUUGGCUUGUCUGGAAUUACAAGUAUCAAAUCCUGUGCAAUGUCAAGAGGGGUUUGGUUUGGAUCCUUACCAGUCAAUUCCAGUUAGAAUGAUCCACAGACAACUUUCUGUUUUUGAUCUUUGGCAGCUUAUUACAUAUUCUUUGAAAUAAUACUAUGCGAGGGCUGUUGGAUUUUGGUUCUAUAUGACCCCAACGUUUUGAGUUCCUUAAAGUUACUAGACGGCACAGCCUGGUAUUUUGAACUCUAUGUUGUGUUUUUUAUUCUUGUUUUCCCCUUUGAUUGCGUACCUGUGGAAUGUAGUCCUCAUAUGCAUUCUGCUUAUUCAAGUAUAGGUUCCAGAAAUACGGUAUGUAAUUGUAUCUCGGUUCUUGGGCAUGCAAUAAAUGGAAACAUUGUCUAGUUUCUUGAGUUGCUGAUGAAGUUCACCUCUGAUAUGAAUGGCAAAACAUCAUAUUUCCGGCUAUGAGGUUUAAUGGUGUCGAGUGAUGAACAUGGUAAUGUGCCAAAAUACGGCAGCUGGGAAAAUGAAAAUGUUCCGUACACCGUUUACUUUGAUAAGGCAAGAAAAAAAAGAAGUGGGAACAUGGCGAAUCCAAGUGAUCCCGAGGAAAAUACAGGCAUGCUCCCUAACAAUAAUCCUUCACCUGUUGCCCCUGCUGGUCCAGCACAAUCUAGUACUAGACUGGAGCAACCAUUUGGAAAGGAAGCAGUUACACCAACACCUGAACAUAGAGUGAGCAAGGAAGAUGGUGAUUUUCAGCAGGUUAGUAGUCCUUCUCAGGGAGAAAAUACAGGUCAGAGAACUGCAAGUAGUGGUGGUCGGGUACAGAGGCCAGCUCCAGCUGCAAGACCUAGUGCAGGAUCUGAGCAGGGCUUUGAGCGAUCACCACUCCAUCCACAUUACCAGGCAAAAGUUAUCGGGAGAGUCAGUGGUUCUCCUGCCCGGGAAGGGAAGAACAAUGAUAGCAGUCAUGGUACUCCUGGAAGAUCCCGGCUGAGGCCAACCACUCGAGGAGAUGAAAGUCCUGAUGAAGGUCCCACUAUUCCAAGAUUUGGCGAAUGGGACGAAAAUGAUCCCCAGGCUGCCGAAAAUUUCUCUCACAUUUUUGACAAAGUACGGGAGGAAAGGAACUCUGGGGCUGGAAACAUAUCGGGUACUCCAAAGCAUCCAUCUAUCUCAACACAAGGUCAACGAGCCAACCAACCUAAGAGAUGCUGUUUCCCUUGGUGGUAGAACGGGACGACAUCACUUUUCCUAUGAGAGUUUGAACUUUGUCAAGAAUGUAAAUAGCUCUAAAGGGCUAUUCUAUCCAGAGAUGGUGCAUUAAUUAUAUAGUAAUGUGCUUGGGACCACAAACGUGGUUUGCUGCUUCAUCAUCAUCAUCAUCUCUGUCUAGUUGCCUCUUCUUGACUUCCACUCUUUCUUCAACUUGUAGUUUGGAUGAAACACAGAGAUUGCCUGUGCUAGAUUCUUUUAUUUUUAUGUACGGUACUGCUUUUUACUACAUGUUACAUGCAGCUGCCCAAUUUUUCUCUUGUUCUUUUUCUGCUUGCCUUGGGUAGAAAUGGGUUUAUUUUGAUUUUGCACUCUACCCCUAUGAUAACGGGAUUCAAAUUAAGUUUUUUAUUUCA